CUUCAAUCAUUCUAUCCCCCUCCCUUUCAUCAACCGCAUCACCCGACUGAAUCAUUUGCAUCCUCUAAGUAAGUCAUCCAUCUCUCAUACCAGUCUACGGAGAAAGAUGUGCGGCUAGAUGCCUCUCUGGCAACCGUUAGUCAGCUUGAUUGAUCUACAUCCGCGUCACCUUCCGCUGUCUGUCCACUAGACAAAGUUUGGGUCAUCUGGUAACCCUUCACGGGGAACAGCCUACUUCGGCCUGGUGAGAUUCUCACUAGUCGUGACUGGAAUUUGAGAUUUUGAUAUUUGUGAGCAAUGUUUUCCUUUAUCUGGCCCUACUGGGCCUCGUCCGUCCUUUUGUUUUCUUUCGCGACUCUCACCUCGCGUUGUCCGGCCUAUCCCAAGAGGAAGUGUACUAGAAGUAUACAUUAUGUGCCACGCAUCGGGUUGAAUACACUCAUUCCCAUCACUCUCCUUCCUCUCAUUGCAAGCCAUAAUCCUAUCACCACUCCUUUACUUCCACCUGACAUUAAAACUGUCAUUCUGCUUUCUGUGCAUUCGCUCCUUUGAGGCUCCAGAGCGGCGCUCUGCGGCCUGGUUCACCUGGGGCAAAGGGUCCUAUUCAAUUCUUUCCUUGCAACACUAAAUCAGUAUACGUAACUUUGUGUCGUUGUCUUGCGCUUCUUUGAGGCCUUUAGACAAUUCGUCCUUCGAUAUCUGUCGCCACGGGCACGCCAGGAGGAUGGUCGCGGCAACCAUGUGGCGCUCUACAGUCAUGCUGACCUGGCUUUUGGCGUCAGAGACAGUACAUUCCCUACCUUGGUCGGUCGAGCCGACCAGUACCGUUGAGUUCAGGACCCAAUAUCCUCCCACGACGC